AUGGCCAACCGCGCGUCAGCUGAUGCGGCCUGCGCGUUUGACGGGAUGCUCCCUCCUACGGACUCCGCCGCGUUUUUGACUCACUUCGACUUCUCCGCCAUCGAUGAAAUGGACCCUUCUCUCGGCAAGCCCCUUAUCUUAUCUGUGUCAUCUUGUGCCGUACUUGGUCCUUGUGGCUACCUGUGCAACUUGCUGGCUAACAGUCUCGCUGCAAGUGUCACUGUAGAAGCAUCCAAACCUGACGGUCACAUUCUCUUAUACGAGAGGGAGGUCCCAUGUGAGCUUCGGAUGCAGGAGGGGACAAAAGCUCCCCAAGACGUGGGCAGGCUCGAGCCUAUCAGGGUGAAAGUUUUAAUUUUGGGAGAAGAAGCGCACCCUCGGGAAGUUCGAAUCGAAGCAUCCAGCGAGAAUGACCUAUUUUUCCACUACACUCACGUGGCAGAUGAGAAGUCAUUUCGCCAGAUGCAGCAAAGCCAGAAGCUGAUGAUUGAAUUCGCGGAUUAUUCGCAAGUGCUGAUGAAGAUGCUCAACUCAUGCAUUAGAGAGCCCCACAGUUUUCUCGCGGUAUUUGUAAUGGAAACUACGGGAAAAGGACGUCUUGACUUUAUUCAGAACAUGGAGUACAAAUUCAUUGAGCUUUUGUCUUGCGACUUCCUCCAAAGCUCUGAGGAGGUGAUUAGGCAGCAAAUGUCAUUUCGCUACAACGCCCUCAAGUCGAAGCUUGCUCUUAUGCAUAAGUCUGCUGCCCAUCAGCUGCAGACAAAACGCACUGGAGUGCGAGGAUCCAGUUUUAGCCCCAAACCAUAA